GCCGCCGAGCCUGGCAGAAGUCUACUAUGCAACCGCAUACUGGAUGCCUGCUGAAAAGACAGUAGAAGUCAAAAACGUAUUGGACAGGAAUGGGGACGCCUAUGGCUUUUACAAUGACUCUAUAAAAACCACAGGCUGGGGCAUCCUGGAGAUCAGAGCGGGGUAUGGUUCUCAGACCCUGAGCAAUGAGGUCACCAUGUUUGUGGCUGGCUUUUUGGAGGGUUACCUCACUGCCCCACACAUGUAUGAUCACUUCAUUAACCUCUACCCACAGCUGAUUAAGAAACCUUCCAUCGUGGAUAAAGUACAAGAUUUUAUGGAGAAGCAAGAUCAAUGGACCCGGAAAAAUGUGAAAGCUUACAAGGAUGACCCAUUUUGGAGGCAUACAGGCUAUAUUAUAGCACAGAUGGAUGGGCUGUAUGUAGGAGCAAUGAAGAGGGCCAAGUUAGAAAGGACAAAGCCCAUGACCAUGUUCCAGAUUCAGUUCCUGAAUGCCGUCGGAGAUCUGUUGGAUCUGAUUCCCUCGGUUUCUCCCACAAAAAAUUCCAGCCUAAAGGUUUUCAAGAGAUGGGACAUGGGACAUUGCUCUGCUCUUAUUAAGGUUCUUCCUGGAUUUGAGAACGUCUAUUUUGCUCACUCAAGUUGGUACACAUACGCAGCCAUGCUCAGGAUAUAUAAACACUGGGACUUCAACAUCAAAGAUAAAGACACCAGCAGUAGUCGCCUCUCUUUCAGCAGUUACCCAGGGUUUUUGGAGUCUCUGGAUGACUUUUACAUUCUUAGCAGUGGUUUGAUAUUGCUACAGACCACAAACAGUGUGUAUAAUAAAACUCUACUAAAGCUUGUGGUACCACAGUCUCUCCUCGCAUGGCAAAGGGUCCGUGUGGCCAAUAUGAUGGCAAAUGAUGGCAGGCAGUGGGCAGAGAUCUUUUCAAACUACAACUCUGGCACCUAUAACAACCAAUACAUGGUCCUGGACUUGAAGAAGGUAAAGCCAAAGUACAGCCUUGACACAGGCACUCUGUACGUUGUGGAGCAAAUUCCUACAUAUGUAGAAUAUUCUGACCAAACUGAGAUUCUACGGAAAGGAUAUUGGCCCUCCUACAACAUUCCUUUCCAUGAAAAAAUCUACACCUGGAGUGGCUAUCCAAUGCUAGUUAAGAAGCUGGGUUUGGAGUUCUCCUAUGACAUGGCUUCACGAGCCAAAAUCUUCCGGCGUGACCAAGGGGACGUGACGGAUAUGGCAUCCAUGAAAUAUAUCAUGCGAUACAAUAAUUAUAAGAAAGAUCCUUACAGUAAGGGCGAUCCCUGCAAUACUAUCUGCUGCCGUGAAGACCUGAACUCACUUAACCCAAGUCCUGGAGGUUGCUAUGACACAAAGGUGGCAGAUAUCUACCUUGCAUCAGAGUACACGGCCUAUGCCAUUAGUGGUCCCACAGUACAAGGUGGCCUCCCUGUUUUUCACUGGAACCGUUUCAACAAAACUCUCCACAAGGGCAUGCCAGAGACCUAUGACUUUGAUUUUAUUACCAUGAAACCGAUUUUGCAACGUGACAUAAAAUGAAGGAGGGAGUUGAGGGAAUAGAAGGUUGCAAAUAAGAUUCCAAAGGCACUAUUUUAGCUAUGUUUUUCCGUUCAGAAUUAGUCCUAAUAAAAUAUGUUAAAUUCA